UCAAGUAAAAAAAAAAAAAUGUGGGUCAUACUUGUUAUAGAAUCGAAAAAAAGAAGAGAAAAAACAAAAAUGUCAUCAAAAAAUAAAAAAUAAUAAAAAAAUCAAUAAUUCAAUUAUUUUAUUUAUUAGCCUGUCGUCAUCAGUAAUGAAAGAAAAAAAAAUAUAUAUAAUUGUUUGUAAACAAACAGAGUAAUAACAUCAGCAAAUAUAAUUUGAUGAAACACAGGUGGGGUGUUCAAAUGAAGGAGUGUGAAAUUGUACGGUUUCACUUGUGCCAAGUGAGUUGCUUGAUGUCAGAGUACCUGUAGACAUCAACGUGAUCAGGAGAGAAAGGAAUUUGUUAAUUUAAAAAUACAUAUUCACAUUGCUAUAGUUUUUUGUUUAUUUAAUUUUUAUAUUACAAUCAAAAUUGUAAUGUGACAUAAAAUGUUUAUCCUACGUUAAGUUGUCUUUUUUUUUUUUUUGAAGAGUGAAAUUAAAAUGCCAGGUGCAUCGUCGAUUUAUUGGAAUUCUGUUGGUUCACAUAGAUCAUCAGAAAGUUCAGGUGACACUGGUAGUGGACGACAGUAUGUUGAUCCUUGGGAUUUGGAAAAUUAUGCUUAUUUAAGAAGACACAGUGUUGCAACAGCUCCACAAUAUCAAACGAAAAAAAAACAUAGUAAAAUUUCACAUCGGAGGAGUGAAAUAGAACCAGAAUAUUGGUAUGCGCCGAGCCAUAGGGAACCUGGUUAUCAUGCUCCAGCAUCAGUUGAUGAAAUUUAUUUUGGCUCAUCAAAAAGUGUCAAUCCAAAUUCUCAUUAUCAACCAAUUUCAGAAAUUCGUAAUUCACAAUAUACACCGCUAUAUCAACCACUUUCCGACCUCGAUUAUCAAAGAUUCGAGGAUUUACGGAUAAAGGAGGUACCAAAACGUCGUAAAGUAUCACGAGCAAAAGUCACUGCAAGUGACCUUGUUAAAAAACGUGAGAUUAUUUAUCACAACACGUCGAGCAACAAUCGACGUGACUUUGUCGAUAAAAAUGUUACAUUAAAAAAAAAAAUACUUAAAAAUGAGGAUGAUUGUUAUGUUGAAGUUGUACCAGUAUCAAAAUUUGGUCUUACAAAAUAUGGUCAUUUAAAAAUUGAUUAUACAAACAGUUGGAAUUCAUUGAAUCGAAAAAUAUCAAAAUAAUAUUUUUUUUACUAAAUAAAAAUUACAUAAAUUUGUAAAUAAAUUUUUUAUAAACUCUAAUUAAAAAGAUGAAUAAAUGAAAAAAAAAAAAAAUAUUAUAUAUUCAAGUCAUUUAUUAAUUUUUUCUUUUGUUUCAAGAAAGCUUUUCAUGAUGAUGAUUCUCAGCUCUAGCAAACUGAAUAAAAGUUAAUUUAAUUUGUUAAUUUUUUUAUGUACUAAUUUUUUGGAGUUAGGGGAGGAAGGGGCUUCGCCUUAAAUAAAAACAGAAAAGACAAUAAAUAAUCCUAAAAUAAAAUAUAAAUAAUUAACAAAAUUUCAUCAGUCAACUAUUGAAUAAUCAUAAUGAAAAAAUGAAAAAUAUCACGAAAGUGAAAAUAAUAAAAAAUCAUGCCAAGAAAAAAAAAA